UUUGUGUCAGCAGUGUCAUGUUACCUUCUUCUGUAUGUUAUGUGUUGCUCUGAACACGGAGAAACACAUGAAGCUCAUUAUCUCUGAAACACACAUGCUUGUGUCCAUCUGCAGCUCUCUGAUCUUUAAACACACACACACACUGUGACACACAGACACGGCAGUAUAGAUUCAUGAUGUCAGUGGAUCGGUAAAGAACUAUAGGAUGGGCAGAAGUCUCUAUUUCCUCUUCAUUUCUCUCGCAGCCUUUGUCAUCUGUGGAGGUGGAUCGAGUUUGAGACCGGUUUUAUCCGGCCCCAGUAAGGCCUAUCUGAAAUCUCAAGUCCAGUUUCACUGUGAGGUUAAAGGGUGGUCUUCACCUCUGACCUAUGAACUCCGAAAGGAUGCAGGGAUUCUGAUAGCAACAGAAGAAAAUGCCAAGGUCACGUUCAGCCUAAAGGUCACAGAGGAGUCAGAGGGCAAGUACUACUGCAGGGUGACCACAGGAGGUCAAACCAGCAACACUGUACAGUUACAAGCAGUGAUUCCUGUGGUAGGAGCCAUGUUGAGGUCAGUCCCUGAUCCACCGAUCAUCUAUGAAGGAGAACCACUCGUCCUCAGCUGUCUCGCCAGGAAAGGGACACAUUUGUCCUACACAUGGUACCAUAAACAGGAAGUGGCAGUGCCUUCUGUCCUCUACCGGCUGUCUGAAAACACACUUACAGUGGACGCCGCGAGUGAACAUCACGCUGGGACGUAUUCAUGCACCGCACAAAACCAGGUGCUGACCAAUCCGAGAACCUCCAGCAGCAGCAUCCUCAACGUCGUUGUGAAAAAAUACAUCUCAACACCAAAGUUGUCCUUUACGGUUUUCUAUAACGGCUCAGCUUUGAUUGCCAACAUUAGCUGCCGUGUGGCACGUGGAAGUCCGCCACUGACAUUCCGCUUCCUCUUGAAUGACGUGGAGAUGGAUGUGAAACGCGUGGACUCACUGGACACGUGGUUUGUGUUGCCCGUCGCUCUGAAAUUGGGAUCUGCUCAAUGCAAAGCUGAGACGCAAACACAACAGCUCAUCUCGGAUCCGCUGCAGCUGGAAGUGGUUCCAGUAGGUGGCGCUGUGAAUGUCAUGGUAACAUACCUCCAUAACGCAGUUGCAGAGGUGGCAGCAGCCCGACUGUCAUGUGUGCCCACCAGAGGAACAUUUCCUGCCUUCUCCUGGUCUCUGAAUCAUUCUUCCCUACCUGCAGAGGGUGACUCUCACGUUCUCACUCAACACGGGCAGAUCUUGUUCCUCACAGACAUCAACGCGGCGAGCCCGGGGUAUUACCGGUGUCAGGUGAGAGACGGUUUUGACGACAACUCAACCUGGGUGGAGAGUGAGGAAAUCCUAAUAAAGAAGACAGAUUUGCGAGUGACACCCAUGGAGGUCAUUGCGUUUGUUUUCUGUGGUUUCUUAUCUAUGGUCAUUAUUGGAGGAACAUACUGUAUCCUACGAAACACCAACAGGGGAAACCACAGUAGAAACCAGGAUGUGAACCAAUCUGAGAUGACGAGAUCUACCUGUUUUCUGUCCCUCACAGCAAUACACAGCGAGUUCCAGUAACUGAUAUUUCCUAUCAAGCUCAAGCUGUAGAAAUGAAGACCGUCAUCAAGGAGUUUGGGGUGUAGAGGAAGAACUAUUCGACUGGACAUUCGAGAUUUUGUGGAGGUUUGUGGUGUGGUGAGUUGUGUGAAGCCUCCACACACACUACGUCUCCACGGUAACACACUCAACAUGUCACGUGAUGAGAUGCGCGGAUUGACGUCUCAGACGCGGAGGCAGCUGAGAUUCGUCCUGCACCACACGGAUUGAGUCUCCACACCACCACGAGGACUUAGCGAAUUGGGAAUUGGGCAUUCCAGAUUGGGAGAAGAUAAAAAUAAAUAAAAAUAACAUCCUGAUCUUCUUUUCCUAAUGUUCCAGAUUGAUGCCUGACUGGUGUAGAACUAUCAAGGAAGUCCACAAACAUCUAGAUGAAUGAACACGACCAGAUCUCCUCCAAAACGAUCACCACACUGCCAUCUUUAAUGUUGCUAUGUUCUUAAACUUAU